AGAGGGGGGGGCGAGUGAUUCCUCGGGCGCGCAGUGCUUUGUGGGAUACAGGCGGUGUUCUGCGUCCGCCUCCUCCUGGGUGCGGAACGCUGCCGCUGAGGCGAGGAGCGAGCGAAACAGGCGGGCGGGCCGGCAGAGAAAGAGAAAGAGAGAGAAAAGGAGGAGGGGGGGAGGGAGAGGAGAGAAAGAGACCGAGACCCGAGCAGGGCAUGAAGAUGGCGGACGCCAAACAGAAGCGGAAUGAGCAGCUGAAGCGCUGGAUCGGCUCCGAAACCGACCAGGAGCCUCCGGUGGUCAAGCGCAAGAAGACCAAGGUGAAGUUCGACGACGGCGCCGUCUUCCUGGCCGCCUGCUCCAGCGGGGACACCGAGGAGGUGCUGCGUCUGCUGGAGCGCGGCGCCGACAUCAACUACGCCAAUGUGGACGGGCUCACCGCGCUGCACCAGGCUUGCAUAGAUGAUAACAUAGAUAUGGUGAAAUUUCUGGUGGAGAAUGGAGCCAGUAUUAAUCAACCUGAUAAUGAAGGCUGGAUACCUCUACAUGCAGCUGCUUCCUGUGGAUACCUUGAUAUAGCAGAAUAUUUAAUUAGUCAAGGAGCACAUGUAGGAGCAGUAAAUAGUGAAGGAGACACACCAUUAGACAUUGCUGAGGAAGAGGCAAUGGAAGAAUUGCUUCAAAAUGAAGUGAACAGACAAGGGGUUGAUAUAGAGGCAGCUCGGAAAGAAGAAGAACGAAUAAUGCUUAGAGAUGCUAGACAGUGGCUUAACAGUGGUCGUAUAAAUGAUGUUCGGCAUGCAAAAUCCGGUGGUACAGCACUUCAUGUAGCUGCUGCUAAAGGAUAUACGGAAGUCUUAAAACUUCUAAUACAGGCUGGCUAUGAUGUAAAUAUUAAAGAUUAUGAUGGCUGGACACCACUUCAUGCAGCUGCUCAUUGGGGUAAAGAAGAAGCAUGCCGAAUAUUAGUGGAAAACUUGUGUGAUAUGGAGGCUGUUAAUAAAGUGGGCCAGACAGCAUUUGAUGUAGCUGAUGAAGACAUUUUAGGGUAUUUAGAAGAACUGCAAAAGAAGCAAAAUAUGCUUCAUAGUGAAAAAAAGGAAAAGAAAUCACCUUUAAUUGAAUCUACAGCCAACAUGGAUAAUAAUCAAUCACAAAAACCAUUUAAAAAUAAAGAGACUUUGAUCAUUGAGCAAGAGAAGAAUGCAUCCAAUAUUGAGUCUCUAGAACAGGAAAAGGCAGAUGAAGAGGAAGAGGGAAAGAAGGAUGAGUCCAGUUGCUCUAGUGAGGAAGAUGAAGAAGAAGACUCAGAAUCUGAAGCAGAAACAGAAAAAAACAAACCAACAACAAAUAAUUCAAAUACUACCAAUGUGCACGCUGCUCCCAUAGCUGUGACUACACCAUCUGUUCCUUCUGGUCAAGUGACACCUUCAUCCCCUGUUAAAAAGUUCCCAACUUCAACUAAGGUUUCUCCCAGAGAAGAAGAGAGAAAGGACGAGUCUCCUGCUUCUUGGAGAUUAGGUCUUCGAAAGACUGGCAGUUAUGGGGCACUGGCAGAGAUUACAGCUAGCAAAGAAACUCAGAAAGAAAAGGAUUCAACAGGAGUUAUGCGUUCAGCAUCAAGCCCUAGAUUGUCUUCUUCAUUAGACAACAAAGACAAGGAGAAAGAUACAAAAGGAACAAGACUUGCGUACGUUGCACCAACAAUACCAAGACGGCUGGCCAGUACAUCUGACAUUGAUGAGAAAGAAAACAGAGACACAUCAUCCAGUUUAAUACGUGGUAGUGGUUCUUAUACAAGAAGAAAAUGGGAAGAAGAUGCAAAGAAAAAUAUCUCAAAUGAAGGAUCUUCAGCACUGAACAUGAGCUAUCAAAGAAGUGGUUCCUUUGGUAGAAGACAAGAUGACUUAAUUAGUUCUAAUAUUCCAAGUGUUACAUCAGUAUCAACAGUUACCUCUCCAGCUGGUCUUCAGAAAAGCCUGAUUUCUAGCACUAGCACUGCUACAAAGGUUGCAACGGGUUCAGCAACAGCGGGUGUACAAAGCAGUACCUCAAAUCGUUUAUGGGCUGAGGAUAGUGUUGAGAGAGAGAAGGAUAAUGUUCCUACAGCGGUGACUGUUCCUGUUGCACCAUCAGUUGUGAACACCACAACAGCUACCACAGCCUUGACUACUACUACUUCUGGCACUGUGUCCUCAACAUCAGAGGUCAGAGAGAGACGCAGGUACGUAAAAAUUUUGAGAAUAAUACUUCUUUUGGGAAUAAUAGUAGAUGAAAAUGUAGACAAUGGAGCCUUGAUUAGUUACUUUUGGACGUGUGGAUGUUUUCUGCAGGGUGUAACGCUGACUGAUCUUCAAGAAGCUGAAAAAACUAUCAGUAGAAGUCGUACUACACGAACUAGAGAACAAGAGAAUGAAGAAAAAGAAAAGGAGGAAAAAGAAAAACAAGACAAAGAAAAACAAGAAGAAAAGAAGGAGUCUGAAACUAAAGAUGAUGACUAUAGGCAAAGAUAUGCACGAACUACAGAAGAGCCAUAUCAUCGCUAUAGAACUACAUCUUCAGCGACUUCAUCAACAUCUUCAGUUGCCACUUCUACUUCUUCAGGCCAACUAAACAGACCAAAUAGCAUUAUAGGUAUAACUUCUGCUUAUUCCAGAAGUGGAACAAAGGAAAAUGAGAGGGAAACAGGGAAGAAAGAAGAAGAAAAAGAAGAAGAUAAAUCACAGACAAAAUCAAUAAGGGAAAGACGACGACCAAGGGAAAAGCGAAGAUCUACAGGAGUUUCUUUUUGGACUCAAGAUAGUGAUGAAAAUGAACAGGAACACCAGUCUGAUUCAGAAGAGGGAACAAAUAGAAAAGAAUCACAGGUUGAUAACCUCUCAAGAUACGAGACAGGAUCUUCAGGAGAUCGCUAUGAUUCAGCACUGGGACGGACAGGAUACAGUCACUUGGAAGAUCGCAAAUCAUAUUCCAGCAAGCUAGAAAAAGAAGAUACAACAGAUUUCAAAAAGCUUUAUGAACAGAUUGUAGCUGAAAAUGAAAAACUGAAAGCACAAUUACAUGAUACCAACAUGGAAUUGACGGACCUUAAGCUGCAGUUAGAAAAGGCAACUCAGAGGCAGGAAAGGUUUGCUGACAGGUCUCUGCUAGAAAUGGAAAAAAGGGAACGAAGAGCUCUAGAAAGGCGAAUAUCUGAAAUGGAAGAGGAACUCAAAAUGCUACCAGAUCUGAAGGCAGAUAACCAGAGGCUAAAAGAUGAAAAUGGGGCCUUGAUCAGAGUUAUCAGCAAGCUUUCCAAAUAAAAUCGUUUACUCCAGCUGCAAAUCACGGGAUUGCACAUAAUUACUAACUCCAGUGGACCAUAGCAUGGAAGUCACUGGAAGCCUGGGAAGAUUUCUUGGAAACUGUCAUUUUCAGAUAUUCUGCCAAAUGCCCUCUUACCUGGGUGUAUGUUUUUUUUAAAAAAUCGAGAUCAUUGUUUCAUGUGUAAAGCAGCUGCUGAAAAGACAUAAUGACUGAGAAAUCUUGUUUACAGCUAUUGCAUAUAAGGAAAGUGUUCAAGGCCAGAUAAGCCUCAGAUAUUUAACCAGUAAGCCUUAGUUGUACAUAAACACAUGCAUUGAAAAAGCUUUCUGCUAUCACAGUUACUUUAUUUUGUUGUUGUGUCACGGUUCUUGGUUGUUUUUCUAUCCUGCCAUUUUGUUUCUUUACCAGUUUGGAUUCUGUGUGUGCGCUGUUCUACUUAUUCAUGUACCAGAUUGUUUCUUUGUACAGUAUUUUCACAGCUUUACAUCUGCAGAAACCACACACCCUUUGAAAAUUCAACAUGUAGUUAAUGAAGCCUGUAUUUUCCAGCCAGCCACCUCAAAACGAAAAGGUUUUGUGGAGUCUUUUGCUUUCACUGUUGUGCAAUAUGCAUUUAUUUCCUAUAAAAUAUGCUUUAAAAUUCAGUUGAAAGUAGAUUGAUCAUUUUAAAAUGUCUGUUUUCUGCCUUUAUUGGUCACUUUUUGGAAGAAAAGAAGGGUUGUAGUGCAAGAUAUAGAUUCUGUAACCUUCACAUUCAUUUUAGCAGGUACUGAGUGAUGCUGUACAUAUUAAUGUAUAUUGUUUGGAUUUUUUCAAACUCACAUGAAAUGCUUGAAUAUACUUCCCUGUUUCAAAUGUGUGUUAAAGAAAAUUAGACUGUUUCAAAAUAGUGCUUAACAACCCAUGAAUUUUAACGAUUUAAAUUUAGAAACUCUACUGUGUAUGGAGCCACUCUUUACAAAAAUGCCUAAACUGUUUUUAAAAAAAAUCCCUUUUCCCCUCCCAGUUUUUCAUUUGAAUAGUAUUCACGCAUAGUUAAAAUUAAGUAUAAAUUCUUCACUACACUUCACAUCUGUAUUUGAGUGCUGUCCAAAAUUGUUGUGCUAGCCAAAGUAAUCUUUUAAGUCAGUUGAGAGCCCUAACCUGUUACUCAUAUACAUGCACUGCUAUUGCCAUGUGAAAAGGCAUCUAAGUUUAUACCACCAUCAAUCAGGUCUGACCAUUUUAUACAUUUCAGUGGCCUUUUAAACAAAUACUCCAGUGAAGAUAGCUUUUGUUAAAGAACAAACAGCUUUUUAUAUUUUCACUAAAACUUAAUAAAUACCACCAUCUUACUGGCCUACAGACUAUUGCCUAAAAAAACCACUGAACAGUUCAGCCAUUAAAAUAAAUUGUACAUUGUAAAGCUUGUAGUACCUAUUGUAUUAUUGAUUAUAUUGUAUACUAUAUUAAAUGUGAAUUUGUACCCCUUCAUUUAAAAAAAAGGUCAUUGUGUUCUACUGCCUACUUCUGGGGAUGGGGCCUGCUUCAUUUUGGGGUGGGGGAAAGAUUAGUUGGGGUAAGAAUGACACCAGUUCCCUAUGUGGGGUUGGGUGAUGUGGGGCAGGGGAGGGAGGUUUUCUGAAGAUGUAAGGUUUUGCUCUUACUACCAAGCUCAGGAUUCUUGCUUCUAAAGGUACAAGGAUAGUUCUGGGGUAUCAUGUUACAGUAAGUCUGUAUGAGUAAUAUGUUUGAAGAUGGACAUCUUUCAUGCUAUUAUGCUAAUACAAAAGCAGAGAACUGAUCCAUCUGAGCAGCUGCAGCACACUGAAUAGUGUCGUGGAAUGGUUAGGCAUACUGUGGAUUAUAUUUGGUAAAGUUUUGGAUGCCUGUGAAUGAUUGUGUAUCUAAUAUUUUAGUGUUUUAUAUAUAGGUUAUUUAUUCUUUAAAAACUGGCUACUGUGUUGCGUUGAUUUUACUGGUAGUAUUGAGCAGACCUUGCAUCUGCAUGAAACUACUUGCAAAACCCACUAUUUUGCAAAAAAAUGUAUUUUGACAUAUACAAAUAAAAUGAAUAAAACUAUUUUAAAAGUGUGAA